AUCUAGUAACUUCUGCUAGUUGCUGGAAGAAAGCCUCGGCCACCUCAUCCCCCUGGUCUGGUGGCCUAUAGCAGGCUCCCACCACGAUGGCACCCUUGUUGCUCACGCUUCUAAACUUAAUGCAGAGCCUCUCAGGUUUUUCUGCAGUUUCACACCGGAGCGCUGAGCAGUCACACCGCUCUCUGACAUGCCCUGCCUGUCCUUCCUGAACAGUUUAUGUCCAUCCGUGACAGUGCUCCAGCCAUCGGGCGGUGGAGAUGGGGGUCCGGGUGCUGGUGGACGCCGAGUUCACCUACCUCAACCCUGCGCUGAGACUCGUCACCCUGGCGCUGAUGGGGCGUUGGAAUCGGGCCGAGCCCUGGGUGUGGAACACCUACCAGUGCUACCUGCAGGACUGCCUGGCGCGGCUCGGGGCGGACGUGGCGCUGGCUGAGCGCUGGGGCUUCUGUUUCGGAGUGAAGCUGGUGCGUGGGGCCUACUUGGAGCAGGAGCGGCGGCUGGCCCGGGAGGGGGGGUACCCUGAUCCCCUGCACCCCACCUGGGAGGCCACCAACCACAGCUACCAGCGCUGCCUGGACCUGCUGCUGGAGCUGGUGGCACGGGAUGGGCAGCGGUGCCAGCUGAUCGUGGCCAGCCACAACGAGAGCUCCGUGAGCCAUGCCCUCCGCAGGAUGGAGGAGCUGGGCAUUGCCAGGGACAGAGGGGCCGUCUGCUUUGGGCAGCUGCUGGGCAUGUGUGACCACGUCUCCCUGGCCUUGGGCCAGGCGGGCUACGCCGUCUACAAGUCGGUGCCGUACGGGGCGGUGGAGGAGGUGCUGCCCUACCUGGUGCGCCGGGCCCAGGAGAACCAGAGCGUCCUACAGGGCAUCCGCCGCGAGCGGGACCUGCUCCGCCGCGAGCUGUGGAGACGCCUGCUGCGCCGUCCCUGAGGAACCCAGGCGUCCGGGAGCACCGCUGCCCCCGCAGCCCGUCCUGCUCCUGCCCUGCCCUGAGGGAUUCUGGGAGAGGGGACUU